AUGACACCAACUACAAAAACAAAUACAGAUCCAUCCAUGAUUUCCUCCUGUCGCCAUCUUUUUUUCCGCCUCUACAUCAUCACCAUCCUCCUCCUAAUCAUCAUCGAGACAGCCACUCCGCUGCCGGCAACAUCGACGACCACCACCACAAAAACGACAUCAUCCAGACAGCAGAAGCUAGCCAAACUUCAACAAUCUCAGCUUUCCUGGAGAUGCUACCAAAAAUACUGUUUUUGGAGUGACGGCAGUGAAAAAGUGUUCGGCAGCCUCAAGGAAGCACAGAGCGUUUGUGCAGCGGCUGACCCGGCUUCAUGGAUGCUGGAGAUAUAUGACGACAGCGUCAAUACUGACCUCAGUAUCUUCAUGAGUAAUUCGCCUGGUAUUAGCAACAAAGAUAUCUUGCUGAAUUUGAAAAGAGUCGAUACUGAAUGGAGGUGGCUGGAUGGGACGCGUUAUAAUGGGUUAUUGCAAUACGACCCAGCAAAAAUAUUCUUCGAGAAAAUAAUGUUCUACAUAUUCAAGCCCUUCGCUACCCUGAGGAACAUCCCUAUGAGAGGCGCAUGCAACAGUCAGAACAACAACAACAACCCCCUAAUCAAAUCCAUCCAAGGCCCGAACAAAUGUUACAAACUUAUGAACUCGGCUGACCCGGUCAACUGGUUCCAGGCCUACAACCUUUGCUACAACAUGGGAGGGAGGUUGGCGUCCCUGGGUGACCUGACCUCCCAACAGUUGCAGAGCACUUUUUCCGGUGCUAGGAGAAUGGCUAAUUAUUGGAUUGGCUUGACCAAUAGCAGAUGGGAGUGGCAGAGAAAACCUGGCUCAAUCACUAAUUUCACUAACUGGUACAACGGAUAUCCGUACCCCUCCCAUCUGGAUAGGUCUCCGGAAGUAGUGCAGACGAUCUACGAUUACAGGAAUGGCGGGAUAUGGAUGGAUAAUUCAGAGCAGAAGCCUGUAGCUAUCAUUUGCAUGAAAGACAAAGCUGUCCCUCAAUAA